ACCCCCACCCCCACCCCGCACAACCAGCUCUUUCGCCAGGCCCAUUGCUCUGGAGCGUUGCCAAAGCUGGCCCUCUAAUUAAAGGAGACCGGCCAGACAGGCGCUUGGCUUCCUAGUUCAGAGAUGGCGCUCACUAUCUUAGUGCUCCGGCUGGCUGUGGGCAUCCUGACGUUCCCCAUGUAUCUGCUCAACUUUCUGGGCGUGUGGAACUGGCUGUGCAAACGAUGGUUUCCACACUUCCUGAGGAGGUUCACGGCGAUGUACAACGAGCAGAUGGGGAGCAGGAAGCGCGAGCUCUUCAGCAACCUGCAGGAGUUCGCCGGCCCCUCCGGAAAGCUCUGCCUGCUGGAGGUGGGCUGUGGCACCGGGGCCAACUUCCAGUUCUACCCGCCUGGGUGCAGGGUGACCUGUGUCGACCCCAACCCCUGCUUUGAGAAGUUCUUGUUCAAGAGCAUCGCGGAGAACCGACACCUGCAGUUCGAGAGCUUCAUGGUGGCUGCCGGGGAGAACAUGCACCAGGUGGCUGAUGGCUCUGUGGACGUGGUGGUCUGCACCCUGGUGCUGUGCUCGGUGGACAGCCAGGAGAAGAUCCUCCGCGAGGUGCGCCGAGUGCUGAGGCCGGGAGGGGCUUUUUAUUUCAUGGAGCAUGUAGCAGCUGAGCGGUCCACCUGGAAUUACUUCUGGCAGCAGGUCCUGGAUCCUGCCUGGUACCUUCUGUUUGAUGGGUGCAAUCUCACCAGAGAAAGCUGGAAGACUCUGGAGCAGGCCAGCUUUUCCAAGCUGAAACUGCAGCACAUCCAGGCGCCGCUGUCCUGGGCAUUGGUGCGGCCUCAUAUCUAUGGCUAUGCUGUGAAAUAGGAUAAGGGGUAGGAGAGAGCUGUUAUCUCAGUAACUCAAGGCUUCACUUUUACAUUUGAAAUACUAACCAGAAGACGGCAAAGUUGAAUUCAUCCUUAAGUUUCUGUCUAGCCAUUUCUAUAUUGUCUCCCACAGAAUCAAAACCAAAUCAAAAUAGCUUUGAACCCUCCCUUCAAAGGGAACAGUGGUCUUUGAUAAGGCUUUGAAAAGAAGCAAUGCAAAAAACUAACGGUUCACAAACUGAAUAAAUAAACACAGGCUAAAUAACACAGAAAUUUCCAAAAGGAAAAAAAAAAAGAUGAACCUAUUUCUUUUUUUUUCUUUUUCUUUUUUUGAAAUAGAAUAUGAUCUCAUUGUGUAGCUCUGGCUAGCUUGGAACUCACUGUGGGAUCAAAGGUGUGAACUACCACUCCUGGCAUAUUUGCUAUUUUUAGUAUCACUGGUUUGGCUGGGAGGCUGCCACGUGUUCUCUGGCUGACUUUGUGUCAUUUACGCCAGUGUUUCACCAAAGUCUGUUUUCUUGCACUCCAGUCCUCAAUUCCUAAAAGACUUCUUCUGUCACGUUAAUGUAACCACAGAACUCUCCAAGACAGUUAUGAUUCUUGAAGUUAAUUUACCUUAUCUACCACAUGUAUUGCUGACUAUAAUAGAUUGCAGGCAGUAAAAGGGCCCAGUGUAGUUAGGAAAACUGGGUACACUGUGUAGGACACCUGAGAAAGCAGUUCACCAGCUGUGAAGCACCUGGGGAGUUACUGUGAUCAAAUCUGCUCCUGACCAUGGAAAUCAUUACGAAGGCUUUGAGAGCAAGUCUUGGUGGCCUACCGGAGGGUCUGCAGCAGUACUUUGUAUGUAUCUUAACAAAAUAUAUUUUUCGGGAUCACCUUACAGAAGUUCUAUUUUAAAUAGCAACUCAAUAAAUAAAUUCAUAUUCACUUUAGAAAAGGAAAUAAAAGAAACAGUUCUACUUGG